GGCGGAGGGUGGUGAUUUCUUGUUUCCGGUCUGUGCCGUGGUGGCGCGGCUGGCUGACGCCCGUUGGCUGCGCCGUCCUGGCCGGCGUGUGGCGUGCGCGGGGAGGUCGCGGUCUCUCACUGCUUACUGGGGAUGGGGCCGCAUUGGGGUCUGGUGGUGAGGCAGCUCCCCAGAUUAAAGCCAUUCAACAGAUUACAAAUAAUACUACAGCACUUGAAUAUGUCCAAACACACAGAUUCUGCAGCUGAAGUGUUAUUGGAAAAGAAAGGAUGUGCUGGAGUCAUAACUAUGAAUCGACCAAAGGCUCUAAAUGCAUUAAAUCUUUCCAUGAUUCGACAGAUUUAUCCACAGUUAAAGACAUGGGAGAAAGACCCUGAAACCUUUCUAAUAAUUAUAAAGGGAACUGGAGGAAAGGCUUUCUGUGCAGGGGGUGAUAUCAGAGCUAUCACAGAUGCAGGAAAAGUUGGAGAUAGGCUAGCACAAGAUUUCUUCAGAGAAGAAUACAUCCUGAACAAUGCUGUUGGUACCUGCCAGAAGCCGUACGUGGCACUUAUUGAUGGGAUUACAAUGGGAGGUGGUGUUGGUCUGUCAGUCCAUGGACACUUUCGAGUGGCUACUGAGAAGACACUUUUUGCAAUGCCAGAGACAGCAAUAGGCCUUUUUCCUGAUGUAGGUGGAGGCUACUUCUUGCCAAGACUUUCAGGAAAGAUUGGCUAUUACCUUGCUCUUACAGGAUUUAGACUGAAAGGAAGAGAUUUGCAAAAAGCAGGAAUUGCUACACAUUUUGUAGAAUCAGAAAAGCUGCCUGCACUAGAGGAAGAUUUGAUAGCACUAAAAUCUCCUUCUAAAGAAAAUGUUGCCGAUGUACUGAACUCAUAUCACAUGAAGUGCAAAAUUGAUCAAGAGAAGCAGUUCGUACUUGAUGAACAUAUGGACAAGAUUAACAGUCUGUUUUCAGCAAGCUGCAUGGAGGAAAUCAUUCAAAAUUUGAAGCAGGAUGGUUCUCCUUUUGCUCUUAAGCAGCUAGAGACAAUUAAUAAAAUGUCACCUACGUCCUUAAAAAUGACUUUGAGACAGCUUAGAGAAGGCGCUUCCAUGAACUUGCAAGAUGUAUUAACUAUGGAAUACAGACUGAGCCAGGCAUGCAUGAGUGGCCAUGACUUCUAUGAAGGUGUUCGAGCAGUGCUGAUUGACAAAGACCAAGUUCCAAAGUGGAAGCCAGAAUUUUUAGGUGCAGAAUCCCGCCCCCCCCCAGGAGCAAAGAUGGGAUCUCAGUGAAGAAAACAUCCCAAUGGCUAUAGCUGCCAACUGUGUCCUGCAUAAUGUCUGUGAAGCAAAGGAAGAAAAGUCGCCGCUGUGGUGGAGGACAGAGGUAGAGCGGCUGUUUGCGGAGUUGGAACAGCCAGACAUGAGGGCUAUUAGAAGAGCUCAACGCUCAGUGAGGCUUUGAAAGAGCAAUUUGAAAUGAGCUACAAUAAGGCAUUGGGGUAUAGUGGGCUCUACCUGGCCCUGCAGUUUUGGGGCCUGUUGGGAACUGUGUGGUUCUUGGGGCACAUCUGUGAAUACAACACUGUCAAUGCACCGAUUAAUUUUGUGGUGCUUGCUGAACAUUUAUGAUUACUGCACUGUUUUCUCUUCACUGGUUCUAUGAAUUGUGUCACACUGAACAAAGAAGAAGUGGGGCUUUUAGUACCGGUAGGCAUUCUGCAGCAUAUGUUGGAACUAGUAAAGAUGAUUUUCCAAACAACAGAAUUUUAUUUUGUAACAAAAA